AUGUCCCAGGUCGACCCAGUUCAGCUCAAGGCCGUGAUGGAGGAGGCCGUGCAGAAGGCCAAGCGGCGCUGGGAGGGCGAGGCCGCCCUCAGCCUGAACGCCCUGCGGCUCGAGAACCAGCUCCUCAAGGCGGCCGUAGCGGGCCUCAGAAGCCCCUCCGAAACCUACGCCGUGCCACAGACGGCAGACUUGACCACGGGGACGGUUCCGGGCGACCAGCCGGAGACCCGGGCCCUGCACGUCGCUGCGGCGCUGCGGCUGCAGCUUUCAAGGGAUCGGCCCGCCGCUUGCGUUCCAGCGGAGUUGCCCGCCGGCGAGACAGAUCCGACGACGACGACGCUGAUCGCGAUAUCCGUGCUCUGCGAGCCCACGCGGAAGCUGCAAGACGUGGAGCACGAGCUCAUCGCUGCCAGCGUCGCGCGCCUCGCGGCCAGCGCGCCGCACGCGCAGCAGGCACUGCGCGUCCUCGUGGCCGCAGCCGUCGCGUCCAAACAGAGCGAGACGUGCGCGCGGAUCACACAGAUCGUGUCGACCACGCCGUGGGACAUCUCGGCCAUCCUGAGUGUCGUGCCCGCUGCGCUCCAGGCCGCCGCAGCGCAGACGUGCGAGGUGGCCGCAGCUUCGGGCGAAGAGCAGUCGUGGUCCGCGUACAGCCGCCUCGGCGACGUUCUGUGGCUCUGCAACACCCUCCUCCAGCGCGCACUGGCACUGGCGCGCGCCGACCCCGGAGACGCGGGCAGCGGCGCGACGUCCGCCGCGGCACACCUGCACUCCGCAGUGGGCGCCUUGAACGAGCUGCAGGCGGCAGGGGCGUCCGUGAGACGCAGAUUCCCCCUGGUAGCUAGGUCGGUCGAGGACCUGCGCCUCAUGCUCGCGAGUCUCGUGCAGCAGUGGCACGACGGCGACGAGACCAUGAUGUGA